AUGAAGUACCUGAGGACAGUUUUGCUGGUGGUUGCGGCCGCCGCUCUAGCCAGGGCUCAAGUCCCAGCCUUUGGUUGGUGUCCUGACUACCUCACUAAGGCGGACUUCGACAUGGAAAAGUACCUGGGAGUAUGGUAUGAGGCCGAGAGGUACGUGAACGUACUGGAGGCUGGUAGUCGUUGUGUCAAGACAGAGUACACCAUGGCCAAGGACGGGCGCAUCCUGGUGUCCAACGAAAUACAGAACAGACUGACUGGAAUCAAACGUAUCCUUGCUGGAGAGAUUCGCAGCAUUGUCAAGGGAACUGAGGCCAAACUGAACGUCAAGUACUCGCAGCUCCCAUAUCCGGUGGAGACCUCGUACACAGUGCUGGACACGGACUACGACAACUACGCUGUCGUCUGGUCAUGUUCUGGUCUCGGACUGUUCAACACUCAAAACGCCUGGGUGAUGACACGUGAGAGGAACCCCUCUGUAACAACCCUGCAGAAGGCCUACGCCGUCCUCGACAAGUACAAGAUCGGCAGGACGUUCUUCGUCAAGACCGACCAGACUGAGUGUCACAUCGCCGAGCCAGCCGACGCUGAAAACUCCGUCGACAAGCAGGAAGACGAGGCCGGCAAGUCCGCGCUGGGCGUCGCAGCUGCCGAGGGUGUCGAACCCGUCGCCCCCGCGGUAGAGGUGCCCGCCAAACCAGUAGACAAGGUUGAAGACAAUGUCAGGAAGGAAGUCGUAGAGCCUGCCGUAGCUGCCAGCGAGAAGGUUGAAGCCGUCCCUGAGAAAGUUGAAAAAGUGGAAAAGCCCGUUGAAAUCGCCAAACCUCACUGAAACCCCCACCGUGAUCUUGUCAAAUAGCUCUCUUCGCGAGACCGAGUCACCCACCAGCGGUCCCCUGGAGAUACGCUUCAUUUGAGACUUGUGCACCAUUGUGCGCGUUAUUUAUUGUUAGCUGUUACGAAUAAAUAGGUUUUAGUUUUACAA